AUGGCAAGUGCCCAUGGGGCAGAGCCUGAUACUGAGGGCACAGCCGAGCCCGAAGAAGCCAUCUAUGAGGAGGUGAUGCCCUGCGAGAGGAUGGAGCUGAGCCAGCGCCUGGCUGUGGAGGAGCUCAUCACCACUGAGGCCAGCUAUGUCCACAACAUCCAGCUCUGUGUGUCAGACAUCCGGGCACACCUCCAGAAGAAACAGCUGCCUGAUCUUGACCUGGAAGGACUCUUUUCUAACACCGAUGACAUCCUCCACGUCUCCAGAAGGUUUCUGAAGGGGCUCGAGGCCACAGCCACCCAGGAGCACGACCAGCUGCUCUGCAUCAGUGCCUUGUUCCAGGAGUUCAAGGAGGAGAUGGAGACCGUCUACAAGAUCUACUGUGCCAGCUAUGAGCGUGCUCUCCUGCUGGUGGAGAGCUACCGCAAGGACCCCAGGCUGCAGGAGGAAAUCUUGGAGACCCUGAAUGUAACAGUGCCUCACACAGGCGCUUCGGACCUCAGCUUCUUCCUGGUGAUGCCGGUGCAGAGGGUCACCAAGUAUCCACUGCUGCUGGGGAAGAUCCUGGAGAACACGCCCACCAGCGCCAGCGCCUACCCGGCCCUGCAGGCAGCCGUCCGCGCCAUGGCCCAGGUCAACGCCAACAUCAACGAGUACAAACGGCGCAGGGAAGUAGCAACCAAAUACAACAAAGCCGAGCACCUGACGCUGCGGGACCGCUUCGCACGCCUCAACACGCACUCCAUCGCCAAGAAGACCACGCGGCUGAGCCGGCUCUUCAUGCACGAGGCCGGCAUCGUGGCCAAGAUGGAGGACAGGGAGUACGAUGACCUGGAGGAGAAGUUCCAGUGCGUGGUGUCCAGCGUGGCUGUGCUGAAGGAGAACGUGGCAUCCUACCUGGGCCAUUUAGAGGCAUGCCUGUUGCCCACCCCACACAAGCGUGAGCUGCAGAUCAAUGAGGGACCUGCCCAGCAGUACCGCCACUUUGCAGAAUACCUCCAUUGCACUGUUUUCCCGGAGUUUAAGCGACGGCUGGACAGGCUGGGGUGCCCGCCACUGGUGGGGCCACAACAGCUGGUCAAGAAGCGCCUGGACAAGUUGCUGGACUAUGAGGAGAUCCAGGAGCGGAAGAGUGAGAUGGGCACUGUGACGUACGACGAGGAGGCAGCCAUGAAUACCUACCUUGCCAUCAAUGCCCUGCUUGUGGCCGAGCUCCCACGGUUCAACCAGGCAGCUCUGCAGCUCCUGGGGCAGAUACUGUGCUCCCUCAGCAUGCUGCAACGGGACUUGGCUGCUCAGAUCCUGCACCAGGCAGAAAAGGAGCUAGAGCAGAUGCCCCAUGGCCACAUGCCUCUGCCCAGUUUCUGGAAGAUGGUGGAAGACACCUUGCAGCAGUCUGGUGCUCAGCUCCGUACCUUCUGCCAGAUGUUUGAGACAGUCACGCCAAGCCCUGUCACACAGCCUCUGAACCCUGCUGAGGAGCGGAAGGUCCUUUCCCUCGUGAGCAAGCAUGGCCCAGACAAACUUUACCAAGUGACAAGCAACAUCAGUGGCAGCAAAGACUUGGACCUGACCUUGCAGAGGGGACAGAUUGUAGCUCUGCUGCAAAGUGUGGAUACUAAGGGGAACACGAGCAGAUGGCUGGUGGAUGCUGGAGGUCCCCGAGGGUUUGUGCCUGCUGGAAAACUCCAGCCCUAUUGCCCAGUAGAAAGCCAGCAGCCCAGGAUGCAGAUGCCAGCCCCGGAGAGCAGCACAGACAGAAGGCGACAUUCGUAUGCAUCACCUGAAGCUCCCAGGCCCCAGGUGGCCACCUUCACCCCGUCUUUCCAGGUGGUCGCCGGCUUCUCCUUUGCAGCCAGGAGUCCACAGGAGGUGAGCCUCCAGGCUGGGCAGCCCGUGGUGGUGCUGGAGCCGCAUGACAAGAAGGGGAGCAAGGAGUGGAGCCUGGUGGAGGUGAACGGCCAGAGGGGCUACGUACCCUCCAGCUACCUGGUGACGGUCCCUGUGCAGGAGCCCGUGGGCUGGAGCUUGCCUGUGUGA